UGGCGCACUGUUCGGUUUCUCCUCGCACCUGGGCAGCGCGGCUUGUUGCCGCCUCUCGGCACCGCGCCCCGGUCCUUUCGCCCAGACCCUCCCUCCCUUUCGGGCCUUGCUUUGACGAGGCCCCUGCAGGAGUCUGCGCUUUUCUGGCCGGCCCAGGCCUUAUUUUGCAGGAGGCUGUCGUGUUGUCAGCUGUCCAGAGAUCAUUUGCAAUGUCAGGCUUUGACAACUUAAACACGGAUUUCUACCAGACAAGUUACAGCAUCGAUGACCAAUCACAGCAGUCCUAUGAUUAUGGAGGAAGUGGAGGACCUUAUAGCAAACAGUAUGCUGGCUAUGACUACUCGCACCAAGGCCGGUUUGUCCCUCCAGACAUGAUGCAACCACAACAGCCGUACACCGGGCAGAUUUUCCAGCCAGCUCAGGCAUAUACUCCAACUACGCCUCAGCCAUUCUAUGGAAACAACUUUGAGGAUGAGCCACCUUUAUUAGAAGAAUUAGGUAUCAAUUUUGAUCACAUCUGGCAAAAAACACUCACAGUGUUACACCCAUUAAAAGUAGCAGAUGGCAGCAUCAUGAAUGAGACUGAUUUGGCAGGACCAAUGGUUUUUUGCCUUGCUUUUGGAGCCACCUUGUUACUGGCUGGCAAAAUCCAGUUUGGCUAUGUAUAUGGGAUCAGUGCAAUUGGAUGCCUAGGAAUGUUUUGUUUAUUAAACUUAAUGAGUAUGACUGGUGUUUCCUUCGGCUGUGUGGCAAGUGUCCUUGGAUAUUGUCUUCUUCCCAUGAUCCUGCUUUCCAGCUUUGCAGUGAUAUUUUCUUUGCAAGGAAUGGUAGGAAUCAUUCUCACUGCUGGAAUUAUUGGAUGGUGUAGUUUUUCUGCUUCCAAAAUUUUUAUUUCUGCAUUAGCCAUGGAAGGACAGCAACUUCUAGUAGCAUAUCCUUGUGCUUUGCUAUACGGAGUCUUUGCCCUAAUUUCUGUUUUUUGAACUGAAUUUAUCUGGGAUGUGGACAUCAUUGGGCCAAAUAGCAAAAAGGACUUCGAACUCUUAAAUCGGACCAGCAAACUGCUACAGUACAGCUCUCGUGCAGAUCUGAUGUUUGACUCUUGGAGCAAUGGAAGUAAAUAUGUAUCUUUUGUUCAUUUUUAUACAACUUUUGAAUACUAUAUUGGAUUUACCUGCAGUAUGACUAGGUUUAAAUGUUUGUGCUAAUACAAAUAAGAAGUGCUAUUUCUUUUAUGUUCCUGCAGCCUUAGAAAAACAGCUCUUCUCCUUGCUAAUUAUAUAUUAUGAUGUUUUUGAUGGAUUUUUAUCAACUGUGGGAAACUAACCACAGAGAUAAUAAUCUUUCUUAAAAACAACCCAUAAUAAAGAAGACAUAAGACUUACUGGAGAAGUAUUUUUCCAAGGAGUUAGGAAAUAAAAAUUACCUGUAUUCUCAAGUCAGGUGCAGUUGAAGCAAAAAAGUGAUCCCAAUGUAAAGUUUUAUGAGUUUGCACUUCAAAAGUUUGACAGUCCUCUAAAUUAUCUCAUAGAAUUUUAGCUAAAUUCAGCGAUACAAGUAGUUCACAGUCUACCUUAUUGUAGACGUGAAAUGUGAACAUCUCUUCAGAUACUAGCAUUAACUAAACCAUAGUGACCUAGACUCCACAUUAAUGCUCAUAAUUGGAUCUCCAUGUUUCCCAGCAAAAAGAACAUUACUAACCUUUUUUGCGAAGAAUAUUUAAAAUGUCACAGUUUCAGUAUUGCAGUUAUCAAUGUAAAGUACAUUUGAUGCUUAUUAAUUAAAAUUUUCCCAAUUAAUUUAAAGUGCGUUGUUUGCUUUUGCUAACCCACGGUUCUCGGUGUUCCAUUUCCUUUAACUAGGGUCUGCUUUUAACUUGUAUUCCCAAUUUAUUUUAAGCUUUAAGAAUAGCGGUCAUCUAGUAUAGAAUCAAAAA